ACCAACGGCCACGGAAGCUGGAUUGGAUAGGGGAGAAAAAAAGCAAAAUGGCGACUUGGAUAACGUUACAACCUCCUUAUCUACGCUUCAUGCCAUCAUCGCCCUCGUCGCCUGAUUCAUACUCGUUGCGUCGGCAUCACCGUUCUCUGUUUAAACCAUUUCGAUGCGCUCCACUUCAGCAACAAGAACGCCAGCUCGAGCAGUCACAGGGAGGCGAAGAAGAAGAGGAUGAUGAUGCUGCGAUAAUGUGUGAGGACUGUAACGGGAAAGGAUGGUUGCUCUGCGAUUUCUGUAAAGGGCAGAAAACUAAUGUCAAAUCUGAGAACAAGAAAAUCUACCGUCGCUGUCCCACUUGUAGAGCUGUGGGAUAUGUGUUAUGCAAAAGGUGUAAAGUGUUCAAGUGUGUCACGUUUCCUAAUCCAGAAGACGGCGACGAGCUUUUGUUCUAAGCUAUCCUUGUCCUAUCUUCAGUGACCCUUUUGGUUUGAGUUUCUCUUUCAGGUUCCUUUCCCUUUUUCCCAUUUAUUGUUAUAUAUAACACUUAGCCAUAUAAACACAAUUGUAAUUGUAACAUUAUAAGUGACAGCAUUGCUUUCUUUGCUCAUCUUUAUGUUCAUGUGUGAAGCUGACCUUUUGAAUGUUGA